UGAAGCGUCGGGACGCCGCACACGGGCGCCGUUUGUGGCGUCGCUUGCUCCGUGCGUCCCCGCUAGCUGAUAAUGGAUUUAUUAAGUUCAACUGAGCGUGUGUGAUUUUAGUGUAUGUAAUUGAUUAGUGUUCGUAGGUACUGGCUUUAGUACCGAGAAACUUAGUUACGUGUUUUUGAGUGGUUCACCGUAGUUGAAUAACUAUCAGCAAAAUGGUGGCAGGCUGGCAACAAUACGACGACUUUGACAAGCCACCAUUAAAAAAGGGCAUAAGUGAGCAAGCUGAUGACAUCAGUGUGGACAGUAUACCAGAAUACCAACGACCACCACUUAGAAAAAUCGAUCAUUACAUAAAAGCUGAAAUACCAUGUCUUUCAAGAAGAGCAACUGUAUCACUCCUGUGUUGUUUAGGAUUUAUUAUUAUGUUUGGUAUGAGGGAGACAAUGGGUAUGGUUAAUUCUGAAUUGGAAACAGCUGAUACAAAUAUGACGAUAUCUCGAUCGACAGUCAGUGCCGUAGAAUCCGCCAUUUUCUGGGGGUAUUUCGUAACUCAGAUACCAGGUGGCCUUAUAGCUGCAGCCUAUCCAGCCAACAAACUUUUUGGAGUUGCCAUUGGAUCAUCCUGUAUACUAAAUAUUUUCAUACCAUCAUUAUACGACAACCCUACUGGGCUGAUUAUCAUCAAAGUUCUGCAGGGGUUAGUAGAGGGAGUUACUUAUCCAGCUUGCCACGGUAUCAUGAGAUACUGGGCACCACCUCUAGAAAGAUCUCGUCUAGCAACGAUAGCUUUCAGCGGUUGCUAUGCUGGUGUUAUGUUCUCUAUGAUGAUUUGCGGGUUGCUGAUGAAAAAUAUCAGCUUGAUGGCACCUUAUUACUUCUACUCUAUAGCCGGUAUUUUUUGGUAUUUGAGCUGGUUAUGGUUGGUGUUUGAAAAGCCUUCAUUGCAUACUUGUAUCGAUCCGAAGGAAUUGAUAAUGAUUGAGAAAUCAUUAGGUGGAACACAAGAGCAACACGAGCGACUGACACUACAAAACACACCAUGGAAAGCCUUCUUCACAUCGCUACCGUGCUACGCUAUUUUCGUUGCGAAUUUUUGCAGGUCGUGGAAUUUUUACCUGCUAGUUUUGUUUCAAGCCUUGUAUUUCAAAGAAGCCUUCAAAACAACCACGGCACAAAAUGCUUCUUUGGGUGCUCUACCUCAUUUUUUGAUGACCCUAGUCGUACCGGCAGGAGGUAUAAUGGCGGAUAGAUUAAGAAAAAAAGGAAUUCUUAACACCACACAAGUGAGGAAACUGUUUAAUUGUGGCGGGUUUGGACUGGAAGCAACUUUUUUUCUAGCAAUGGCAUAUUCACAUACGACACUACAAGGAAUGACAGCGUUGACAAUAGGUGUUGCAUUUAGCGGCUUUGCUAUAUCUGGUUUCAACGUAAAUCACUUAGAUGUAGCACCGAGGUAUGCCAGUAUCUUGAUGGGGCUAUCGAAUGGUAUCGGAACCAUUGCUGGAGCUGUGGUACCAGUCAUUAAAAAUGCCAUAAUUCAGCAUAACACCAAAGAAGAAUGGCGCAUCCUUAUUAUCCUGUCCGCCAUGAUUCAUUACGCCGGAAUCAUAUUUUAUGGACUGUUUGCUUCCGGUGAAUUACAACCCUGGGCAGAUCCUAAAGUCGAAGAGGACAAACAAUGGAACCAGAUGAACGAGUCUGUUCCAGUAUCAAAGUUUAACACUCAAUCUAAUGGCCUUCUACAGCGUCAACCUAGCGGCGGCGUCACGAACUACGGCGCUGCCAUGGAGACGUCUCUACCUCCUUCCAGACCUCCUGGACCUCGACAGAUGUCACAAGAAGUGCCACCCAGACCACCAGCUCCUAGGACGCUAUCCCAGGAGGGUUAUGCAACUCAGCAAGCAGUUGUUUCUUCUGGAAACCCGUUUUCCGGAGCUGCCACAUCCACGAAUCCAUUUAGACAGGAAGCGGUCCAGCCAGCACCACACGAUAGCUACAUGCACGGAACCAUCGAUGACAGGACUUACUAAUCUGUAGCUAACACUUCCAGUCAUCAGAAAUAAAUAUUAAUGUUCACUGGUUAACUCGUCAGAUAUAGGAUGAUAUCUGUCUAUUGAUAACGUUUUUUAGCUUGUUUAGCAGAAAAAGGAUGCCAAAUACGCCAGAUAAUCAGAUAAACACAGAACUAAAAUAGUAUAGUUCUAGUGACAAGUGCAUCAUCUUGCAUUCAAAUUUGAAACAUUGAGUAAAGUUAAGAGAUUUUUGAGGUAUUGAGUAUAAAUUAAGAAAUGUUUGUAAUAGUAGAAACAGAAAAAACUCUGAAACUGUAGCGUCUAUUAUAAUAUAAAUAAUAGCCUGUCGAUGCUAAGGAUGUUUUUUUUCGAUAUAUCGAUAAUUAUAGUUAUCGAUAUAUCGAAUAACCAUAAGUGACUUUAAUUAUGUAUAGAGGGUUGUUCACCACA